AAAUGAUUAGAUUAUCCCCAUUCAUUGAAACAAGGAGGUACCUAACUUGGAGAUUUGGAAGGUAGCUACCUACCUAGGGUAGCUGAGCAGAGCUGAAGCCCCUCAGACAGUAUAUUUGUGGCGUCCGAACAUCAUACCCGUUCGUGGAGGAUACCCACUUAUUGCCUUCGAGGGGUGCCGGCUUUAUCGAGGGGAAGUUUUGAAGUCGUCCGUUGCUUACGGGGCAAGGUUUGCAAAGCCACGAAAUCACGACGAGGAUACGUCUUGACAGAUGGGAAAGGCCACGUAACUCAAUUUGAAGCUCAUUAUAACAACUUUGCUGAGAUUCUCAUCAUCGCUUUCAAACGCCAACUGAACCCCCCGCAACACACCCGAUCCCUUCUUCGGAGCCCGGACCAACCCGGCGUAGCCAUGCUAGCCAUCAGCAACAUAACGACUUCCAACUCUACAGUUGAACCCCCUGAACACCAUGUUAUUCCGGUGAACCCCGCCCUGGCUCCCUCCGGGUGGGCCUCAUAUCUCCCGUCAUGGGGACCUUCUCCCGGGCGCACUCGUCCCUCUGUGACCAACGGCAAAAUCGCAGGCUUCCGAAACCCCUGGCCGUCAUGGCAUAGACCGACCCUCGCAGAGAAGUAUGCCAGCUUCCAGUGGGGAGAGGACAAUGAUGGAUGCGCCGAACUCGCCGCAUCGCAUCUCACCAACAGCCCGGCGCUGGAUAGACCACCACAUAAGAGCAAACUGCCCAACUUCGUCGACCCGAAAGGCUGGCCAAACUCCCUCGGUGCCAAAGCGGCCCGGUUGCUGCGGAUAGAAGGCCCCGACUUCUCGUUUCCCGAGGGCAGCAAGGCCAAGGCAACCUGGUUAGGCCACGCCGGUGUUCUGGUCCAGUUACCUUCGCUGGAUCCCCAGAAUGGCCGACCUGUGCGCUGUGUGUUCGACCCAAUCUUCUCCGAUCGCUGCUCGCCCCUGGGCUCCUUCGCAGGGCCGAUCCGCUCCUACCCACCACCGUGCAAGGCAGAAGACCUCCCUGCCAUCGACGUGGUAUGCAUCAGCCACAACCACUUCGACCACAUGGACCAAACCUCCCUCAUGUCCAUCUGGCGCCAUAGCCGAAACUCGGUCCGCUUCUUCGUGCCCCUCGGGAACAAGCGCCUCCUCCUAGAAUGGGGCAUCCCCGACGACCGCAUCACCGAGAUGGACUGGUGGGACUCGGUCCAACUCACCCUCCCGUCCACACCCCGCAGCCCCGACAACGCCCGAACACUCACCAUUCACUGCACCCCCGCCCAGCACAACAGCUUCCGCGGCACCAACGAUGCCAACACAACCCUCUGGUCCAGCUGGCUGCUCGAAUCCCACACCCCCCACCACCAAACCACCACAGACACCACCACCACCACCACCCCCACCCCAUACCGCGUCUUCUUCGCCGGCGACACAGGCUACCAAUUCCACCCCUCCCCCCACUGGCCCCCCUCCCCCGCCAAUCCCACCCCUCAACCCCCUUCCGACUCUGAUUCUGAAUUCCCACCAUGCCCAGCCUUCGCGCAAAUCCGCGCCCGCCUCGGCCCGCCCAACCUGCUGCUGCUCCCCGUCUCGGUCGGCGCCACCUUCGCCUACCUGCGCAGCUUCGUGCCGCUGCCGGACUGGCUGAGCCCGUUUCCCAGACAUAGCGCGGGCGUGACGGGGGCGAAUCAUAUGCCGCCUUGGGAUGCGGUGAGGGUGGUAAGGGUUAUGGCUGGGAUGGAAGCUGAGGCGGGUGGGGAUGGGGACGGUGAGGAGGGUAGAGGAGAAGAUGGAGAAAGGGGGGAUGGUGUGGUUGCUCUGGCGAUGCAUUGGGGAACGUUUGUGCCGGACCCGGCUGAUGUGUUGAGGACGCUGGGCGCGCUGGAGUGGGCUUGUACGCAGCAGGGGGUGAAAUUUUCGAGGGGGUUGGGGGAGGGGAGGUCGGUGGAUGGCGAUGCUAGUGGUGCCGUCUUGGGGAAGGGGCGGCCGGUGUUUGUGGCGGUCAAUCAUGGUGGGAGCGUUUGUCUUUAAGUGUGGCGGGUUUCUCCUGCGCCAAGGUCCCUGUCGAGGAUCCAUGGUUGAUCUGAUGGUCUGAUAAAGCAGUGUUACCAACAGAGGGAUAUGUUUAGCGCCGCAGUUUGUUGCACCACGCUUUCGAUGGACGAGCGAUCCCGCUACGGUCCGAGUCGACAACUAACAAUAACAAACCCGACACGUACGGCGUCAUCCUAAAGGUCUGAUGUGCCUGGGGGUUUGGUCAUUUUUGAUUGGAUUUGGUAUCCGACGGACCACAAAGGGACACCUCUGUUUUGAACCAAUGCUGCAACAAACGAAUAGCGAGACCGGGCCAAAACGCUGUUGGGCAGUGUUCAGACAGGGGGUUCAACGAUAUUGGGCAAAUUCCCUGAUGUUAGAGGUCGCACAGCGGGUUGUGCCGUGCAGCCUAGUAGUAGGCCUCACUGCCUCGAUAAGACCGUUUGCUUCGGCUGGCUGAAAUUUGUUUUC